AUGAAGCUCUUGACUCAUAACAUGUUGCAGUGCACGGUAAAAGGGGUUACUAAAGGUUACCCGCUGAAGAUUGAAGCGGUGAAGUACGAGGAGCGUGAAGCAGAUUUCAAUCCUGACUUCUUACGGCAUCUGUUUCCAAAGAUUGAUUGGCCAGCACUAAGGGAGGCUGCUGAAGCGCUCGGUGUGACCGAUUUGCCUCCACAGGCAGAUGCUUCCAUGCUGGACGAUGAGGAAUUUCUUAGAAAGUUCCACCAUGCUCUCAUGGAGGUUCAUUUGGAGGAAGGAGCUCUGAUUUGCCCAGAGACAGGCCGCAAGUUUCCCGUGUCCAAGGGUAUACCAAACAUGCUGCUGAAUGAAGAUGAAAUCUGA